UUCUAUUUUUAAGGUCUUCGAUAUGGCAGCUGACGUCUCUAUGUCACCUCAAGAAGAGGGUGAGCUUUCCGAUUGUGGUCCAUUGGGAAGCUCAGACGAGAGCGAACUGAAGGAGAACAGAAAAAGGAAACUGGACGAAGCGUCCGAAGCAUCGGAUCGAGAAGAGAAAAUCGAGAAGAAAAAAAGAAAGAAGGAAAAGAAGCAUAAAAAGGAUAAGAAACAUAAGAAGGAUAAGAAGCACAAGAAAAAGAAGUCGGAAGAACCCAAGCGACGCUUUAUCGAGAACCCAUCUCCUGAAAGCGAUGCAGCAGCAUUAUCCGACAAUUCUAGUAAGGAGACGGAAAUUUUCUGCAGAAACGAUGAGGAGUCUCCUAGUUCCGAUCACAAGGAGAGAAGUGAAGAUAAAAAAAGGGAGCUUGAUGAGAUUCGAGACAGUACACCGACGAAGCGGCGCCGAGAUGAAAGUGUAAGUCGCAGUGAAAGUGGAGCUUAUAAGGAAAGGACGGCCGAGAGAACCGAAGCUAAGAAGGACAGUUCCCGUGAACAUAGUUACGAGCGACAGGAUAGGGAAAGGCGAGAACGCGAAGAAAGUCGUGAUCGCAGAUGGCGUGCACGCUCGCGAGAAAGACGAGAAGUUCGCGAGAGCAAGCACUCAACGUGGGAGCGGGAAAAUAAAGAGAGACGAGAUCGCGAAAGGCGUCGAAGUAUAGAACGAAGAAGAGAACGCAGUUCCGAAAGACACCGAAGUCGAAGAAGCUCUUCUCGCUCGCAUAGAGAUAGGAGAGACGAGCAGAGGAUGGACUCUCAUCGAGAUCGCCGACGCGGGCGCCACAGUCGAUCGCCGAAUAGAAGACGAAGCGACGAUAGAAAGAAGGAAGAUGAUGUAAUACCAAACGUUGAGUGGAAUCUCGAAGAAGAUUCCGACGAAGAGGAAAGAAAAAUCAGAGAACAGCGGGAGCGAAGACAGAAAUUGCUGCAACAGAUGAGCAACAAGCAGGAAGAUACCAAGACGAAGAUUUAUUCCGAGGACAGCUCAGAUGAAGAAAAUGCUUUGAUCAAGGAAGCAUACCGUCUUGUAGGGAAGGCCACGAUAGGUAGCGAAAGUCCUAUGAGCAGCAGCGCCUUAUCUUCUCCUGACAGGGAAAAUGGUGAAAGCACUCCAGGCGAUUUCUUUGCCGAUCUUAGAGAAAAGAUGGUUCAUGUCAAAGGUGCUGAUGAGCAUAUAGUAGAGGAGACUUUGUUGAGAGGAAAGAAGGAAGAGGAAGCCGAUGCUAAGCGGGAACGAGAAUAUCAUGAAAAGGAAGAAGAAAAGAAGAAAUCUCCGGAUCCAGUAGAAGUGGACGCUGAGGUGCCCAAAUUGAAUGCCAAAUCAAAAGCCGAGUUUGAUAUGUUUGCUGAUGAUGCGGAUCUUCCACAGGAUGGCAUUGUUGCUGACGAAGCCGUUGUACAGUCACAAGGACAACAAGUAAAUGAUACGCUCAGGGAUAAUUGGGAUGAUGCGGAGGGAUAUUAUCGAGUGAGAAUAGGAGAAGUUCUUGAUGGCCGAUAUCGAGUUUUUGGUUAUACUGGUGCUGGAGUUUUCGGAAAUGUUGUCAGAUGUACUGAUCAAAAAAGGAACGAUGUGGUGGCGAUAAAAAUCAUACGAAACAACGAGAUCAUGCGAAAGACAGGUCUACGCGAAUUAGAAGUCUUACGUAAGUUGAAUGAAGCCGACCGCGAAGACAGAUUUCAUUGUCUGCAGCUUUAUCGCACAUUCAAUCAUCACAAUCAUCUGUGCCUUUGCUUCGAGAACCUGAGGUGGGCUGCGUGCCGAGUCUCUGCCAUUCCAUACCGAAGUCACACAGGUUCUCAUGUAUGCUCACAGUUUGCUGUCUGA